UUGAAUUGAAUGUAUCAUUCCAAAAAACUGCACGAAAAAGGCAUUAUAAGGAAUCGCAAAAUGUUGACACAAUCACAGUACGGCGACUACAAGUUUGUAGGACAUUUGGAUCAUAUUAAAACCUUCCACGCUUGCAUCAAAUCGCUGUGUUUUGGAGAAAACGGCACUGUCACGUUUAGUGAGGAAGGCUUGCGCAUUACCGUAGAACAGGGCAAAUCCAUUCAGGCGACGCUCUUUAUGGAUCCGAAAUUCUUUGCUGAAUACCACGUUAAGGACUUGACAAGCUUUGGCUUGAAGCUGAAUGUCUUUGCUGAAUGUUUGAGCCUUUUUGGGGUGAUGGAUUGUAGCGUUAAGAUGCUGUAUAAGGGAGAUGGAGCGCCUCUAAUCGUACUGCUGGAGCCGCACAACGACGACGAUGUGAGCACAGAGUGCGCCAUAAAAACGCUGCACGUAGAUGAACCCAUUGAAUAUGAGCUCGAUGAGAACAGUGCCAGUUUGAAUGUAAUUUUCAUGCGCGGACCGGAUUUGUUUAACAUAUUUAACGAACUGGAUAAAGCAGCGGAAGAAUUGGAAUUUACACUCUCUCCACAACGUCCGCAUUUUAAAAUUGCCACGGUUGGUGUGGUGCAGGCUGAGUCGACUGUGGAAGUAGCUAAAUCCAGCGACAUGAUACUGCUCUUCAAUUGUCGAGAUACUACUGUUGCGCGUUACAAAAGCCAGCAGUUACGGCUGAUGAACAAAGCGCUUCAGGCGGCAACAAAAGUUGCAAUUAAAACAGACGCUAGUGGACUACUGGAAAUGCAUUUCAUGAUGCAGUCCGGUGAUGCGGAGGAAAUAUAUGUUCAGUUCUUUUUAACGCCUUUGCUAGAUAUUUAAAAUAAAAUAUGUUAAAACAA